GCCGUUUCUUUACCUCGCACACCGCUUCCUGGCAUCCACUUCUUCUUCUUCUUUGCAGCCUCCUUCUUUGAGUCCACAGCGAUCUUCGUUGUCUGCAUUCUGUGCGCAUUGCCUGAGAGGAAUUGACGGGAAAUGCUGCAUGACAUUGGUUCUCUAGAGCUUUAGUUCAUAGUAAAUCAGUGCGAGGGUGUCGGAUCGCUUGGGUUGGGAGAUUCCGAGCGCUUUCAGGAGGGACACUCCACCAGCGGAAAAUUGCUGCGCGUAGAAUGUGAAGGUCUUGGCAAUAUCCGAGAACAGCAGAGGCGGGAUAAUCAGCGUUGGUUUUGGUGAGUCAAUUGAAGAUGGGGCUUCACAGAAGUAUAUUGGAGCUGGUCGUGGUGCUCGCGUGCUCUGCUCUACUGCUUCCAGUGGCUAUGGCAGUGGAGUACGUUGUGGGAGGACCCGGGGGAUGGACCUCCGUUCCAACUGCUUCUCACUACACAGACUGGGCUACCGAAAAACAUUUCGUCACUGGUGAUAAAUUAAAUUUCCGAUACGAUCCGACAGAAUACAAUUUGCAGCAAGUAAGUUCGAACGACUACUCCACGUGCAACACGCUGCAUCCCAUCCGACAGUACCAAUCCGGCAACGACGUGGUUAAGCUGCGGACAGCAGGCACGUACUACUACAUCAGCGGGUUCGCCGGCGACUGCAAUGAAGGAGGCAUGCUGAUGAAGGUCGUGGUUGCGCAAAGCUUAGGACCAGCAUCGGCUGGUGAGUCCCCGCCGCCUCUGAACCAUUCCCCGCCUCCGCAGAACCACCCGCCUCCAGCUGCUAGCAACUCUCCACCCCCCGCGAACAUCCCACCUCCACCGCACCAUUCUCCUCCGCCUCCACCACCACCACCGCACUCAUCCCCUCCACCCACUCCAGCUUCCUCACCUCCUCCGCCUCCUCCCACGGAUAUCAGCCCGCCAUCUCCACCAAACCAACUGACGAAUCCUCCGCCUCCACCUCCACCAGCACCUGCAAACAAAACCAGUCACGCUCAUCCUGCGAAAACAGCUGGUGCUCCUUCGGCAUCAACUCUCCUGCCGCCAACCCCUUCUACAGACACCGCUCCAUCGCCGUCAGAGUCCACGCCCGACGCGGCGAAUCCUCGCCGCGUCGGCACGGCGAUGGUGCUCGCGGUGUCGGUGCUUGUCACCGCGGCGCUGCUCUAGCUUCAUAAUUCGACGUGCACAUGAAAUCAGAGGCGAUGGUUCUUCUGUGAUACCAGCUUCUGUAUUUGUGAUAUGCACUCACACACACACGCAUAUCUGUAUAUAUAUAUAUAUAUAUAUAUACAUAUGUUGCAUCGUCGAAAUACAGUGAAGAGUAGUUUCGGUGACGCCCCUGAUGUCGCAUUUUGGAUUAGUUGCAUAGUUAUAAGCUGGCUUCACAUUGCGUGCAUAAAAUGGUACACGCAGAAAUAAAUUUAAAAAAAUAAAAGAAAAGAAAAGUAAACCAUCAUAUCAUUUUCUCAC